ACUGUGAAAAACAAAGACAAUACGAUCAAGAAACAUCUUACUGGAGAAAACGAUGAGUGAAUUCAACGAUGAAGAUUUAGAAAACCAAUUUUUUCGUGAAUUUAGGAGAGAAGUGAAUGCUGAAUAUACAAAAAAUAAGCAAGGAACAACAAAAUGAAGAACAAAGAAAACUGCCAACAUGGACUAAAAAGGAUGAAAUUAUCAAUACUAUAUCCGAGAAUCAAGUUAUUCUUAUUUGCGGUGAAACUGGAUGUGGAAAAAGCACUCAGAUACCACAAUUUAUUUUAAAUAAUUCGAUUGAACAAGCGAAAUUAAAAGAUGAAUUACAUGUUAAUAUAAUAUGUACUCAGCCUCGUAAAAUAAAUGCGAUAGGACUUGCAAAUCGAGUGGCAGCUGAGAGAAAUGAGAAGGUAGGAGAUAUAGUCGGAUAUCAGAUACAUUUAGAAAAAAAGUUAUCAAAGAGAACGCGACUGACAUAUUGCACCAUUGGUAUACUAUUGCAAAAAUUAAUAGGAGAUCGCAAUCUAUUAGGUGUGACUCACGUUAUAGUCGAUGAAGUGCACGAAAGAAGUGCUGACAGUGAUUUUCUACUGAUGCUUUUGAAGGACUUAUUGCCAAAAAAACUAUCUUUGAAAAUAAUAUUGAUGAGCGCGACACUUAAUACCAAGAUUUUUUCUUCAUAUUUCGGAAAUGUACCAAUUAUAAAUAUUCCAGGAAAACUUUUCUCAGUGGAACAACUCUUCCUUGAAGACAUACUCGAGAAAAUAAGAUAUGUUUUCGUAAAAGAUUCUAAAUUUGUUCAUCAAGAAAAAAGGAAAAUAGUUUUUCAAAAACAGCAAAAAGCAGAAAAAUUGUUGACUAACUUAACUGACUCAGAUAUUCCAAUAGGAAACUUAGAUGAUCGAGUUAACGAAUAUCUCGAAGACGAGGAUUUGACGUUAGAGCAACUCAUUAAUAGAUAUCCAAAUUAUUCUAAACUGACGCAUGAAAAUUUAUUUCUUAUGGAUCACAAAAGAAUUAAUUAUGAGCUGAUAGAAAAGAUUUUAGAAUGGAUUAUCAGCAGAAAACACGGUUAUCCCAGAACGGGCUCUAUUCUGGUAUUCUUACCAGGCGUGGAGGAGAUAGCUACAUUAAUACAGCAGCUAAAUCGCAAUAUAUAUCUGUCUGUUGAUAAUAAAAUCGUAAUAUAUCCAUUACAUUCGAGCAUUUCAAUGGAGGAACAGAAUCGCGUGUUUCAACAAACCAAAGACGGUGUCCGAAAAAUUGUGAUCGGUACAAAUUUGGCCGAGACAUCUAUCACCAUAAAUGAUUGCGUAUUUGUGAUCGAUUCAGGAAAAAUGAAGGAAAACAGAUUUAAUUCAGAUAAGAACUUGAACUGUUUAGAGACUUGCUGGAUAUCGCAAGCGAAUGCUUUGCAAAGAAAGGGUCGUGCUGGUCGAGUGAUGCCUGGAGUCUGCAUCCAUUUGUAUACUUCACACAGAUUCAAGCAUUUCUCCGUAGAACAAAUACCGGAAAUACUAAGAAUCUCUUUGGAAUCGCUACUUCUACGUAUUCAACUUAUGCACGAUGGCAGAAAAAUAAAUCUAUACAAUAUAUUAAGUCAAAUACUGCAACCACCAUCGCCUAAGGAAAUUAAGAACGCAAUAAUACGUUUGCAGGAUGCCGGUGCAUUUAAUUCUGAUUGUGUAUUGACACCUCUUGGUCAUCAUUUAGCCAAAUUACCCGUAACUGUAGGAAUCGGAAAAUUGAUACUGUACGGCGCGAUUUUUAAUUGCUUAGACUCAGUGCUUACUAUCGCCGCAUGUCUAUCACACAAGAGCCCAUUUAACGUACCAUUUGAAUUAAGAAAGGAAAUAAAUCCCAAAUUAAAAUUUCUCGUAGCUAACUCAGAUCACUUGACUAUCCUCAGAGCAUACACGGAGUGGCGCGCCGCGUGUAGCAACAGUAAAAGUGCUGGUAAAACAUUUGCCAAGGAAAAUUACUUGUCUAUAUACACGUUACAUACUCUAGCGGACAUGAAACAUCAGUAUUUGGAGUUGCUAAUAUCAAUUGGUUUCGUGUCUGCUAAUUUGUCCGAUCGAAAGUUCAACGUUGACAAUAUCUUAGACAUCACUGGAGCUGAACUGAAUACAAAUAAUUGGAAUUACAAGCUCCUGCAGGGUCUCAUUUGCGCAGCUCUGUAUCCUAAUAUUGUAAAACUUGACAAACAUCCCAAUCAACUUAAUGCGCAACACUUGGCACUUCAAACGAGAAACAAUAUUUUAGUCAAAAUCCAUCCGACGUCCGCAGUUUCUCAAAUCAACUUUUUCUCGAGCCCAUAUUUGGCUUAUCAGCAGAAGCUCAAAACCAAAGAGGUCUUUAUUCUAGAAGUAUCCAUGAUUCCAACCUUGCCUUUGAUAAUAUUCUCCGGUUAUGAAUUAAACAUAGAACAUCGUGAUGGAAAAUUUAUAGUUUCUCUAGACCAUGGCUGGGUUAUACUUGAAGUGACUUCAUUACACGAGGGAGAAUUACUGCAAAAAAUGAGAAUUGACUUAGGGAUAUUGUUAACACGGAAAAUGAAGAAUCCUCUACUGAAUCUCUUAAGCUGUCCAAGAAGCAAAGAAAUUAUAGAUACGAUUGUAAAUGUAGUGACAAAUAAUUAA